AAGGCUGUGCGAGGAAGCGGACUGAGAAGAGCAAAACUCGCGGCUUCCAGCACACGAUCCUUUUCAGAACUCAAGUUCAUUACUGAAAUGGUUCUGUAAAUGACAGCCGACAAGUGGACUCCCUGUUGAUUGUUAUAUGUGAUGCACAGUACCUGUAUAUGCAGACUAAUAGGUGUAGCUCUUCAAGACAAGGUGUCUUUUUAGAUUCUUCCCAGCAAUGCUUCGGCAACUCCUUUUGUUCACUGUGCUUCUCUGUGUCACUGCAAUUCAUUCAGACACUUUAAGGGUGACAGGGAUUCACGGACAGAUGACAGCUUCAAAGAGUGAGAAGGCAAUGACAAGACAGAGGAGGCAGCAGCUGGAAGAAGAACGCCUGAGACCUUACAUCGGCCGCGUUGAACCUGAGGAACUUUGCCAAUUACUUAAGUGCCACAAGCCUGCAGGAUCAUGGUGCCAGGUCAUUGAAGAAAAUGGGACUCGUAUUCCAAGAUGUGUUUGCCCCAAAACCUGCCCUAGUGAUCGGGCACCAGUGUGCAGUGUACUGGGCAAAUCUUAUGAGAACGCCUGCCUUUUUCAUAAGGAGUCGUGCAGGAAACACCGUAGGACUGGGCUGGCCCAUCAAGGUUACUGCAUAGCACCAUGGACAAAAUGCUCUAAAAUGGAGUUUGCCCAGUUUCCCUAUCGUCUGCUGGACUGGUUUUUAUUGCUGAGUCAGAGGGAACAUCCACAGAAGAAGAAUGGAACCAGCCUGCCACUUAACUGUCUUAGUUAUGAACAGAGGAAGAACCUUGCAGGGAGGCACUUUGCUUCCCUGGACCGAAAGAAGAAUGGAAAAUUAAGCCGGAGGGACUUGAGGAAAAUCCUCUACCGCCAUAUGCCAUUGGAGCAUUGUGCUACCAGCUUCUUCAAGUCUUGUGAUAUGAAUGGAAACAAGAAAAUCACACUUAAUGAGUGGACCAAAUGCUUGGUGGACAGAUCUGAGAACUGGUAUCAGGACUUGAUGUCGGUGAAAAUGGGCUCCAAAUCAAUAUGCCCUCAGAAUGAAAUCCUCCACUGAAACUGGAAACACAUGAAAUGCUGUCAUCUUCCUUCAAACCCAUCUGUAUUUAUAGUAUAAAAUCUACAUACCUGAAAGGAAUUCAAUAGAACAUUAGAAAGAAGUCUUCCAUCAGAUGAGCACUUGCCAACAUUAGAAGGAAAAACAUGGACUAUUUAUAUUGUAACCAAAUAUGUAUCCACUCAUUGUACCCCGGUCUCUUUUUUCAGGCUCAUUGCCCACCAGGAACACAAGACUAGUUGAGAUGAAGUAGCACUUCUAUAGCCUGGGCAGCUGGCAACAUUGUUACAGUACAUGAUGUUCUCAUGCAUAAAGAAUAUAUCAGAUAUAAAUGUUGAAAAAUGUGUAUUGUUCAGCUAGAAUGCAAAUGUUAUGCAGUCCUUGGUGGACACAAUGCAAGCAGCAAGUGACCAAUCCAUGCAUUAUGACUACAAACAUUUAUGGAUGGAUGAGAAUUUGCUUAAAUUAAAAACUACAUUUACUAAAACGUAUGCUUCGGAUAUUAUACUGUAUUGCAUGGGUGGUCUGGAGGGCCACAGUGACUGCAAGUUUUUUAUUCCAAUCCUUUUUUCCUAAUAUGAAAGUAUUUAGUGUUCAAGCAGCAUUUUGGAGCUUCAUUUUAGCUAACUCGCUUGUUAGGGUUCUCAUCCCUUAAUUUCUUCUUUUAACUUUAAACAGCACCAGACGUGUUAAUGAAUUGCUUCUUGUUUGCUUUACCUGCUGCCAAUUAACAAUGAGAUGCAAAUGACAAUGGAGCCAACAGCUUACCAUUUAACUUGGUCCCAAUUUCAUCCAUGUGUGUCUUUCAUGAAGGUUCUGUUUUGACUAUAUCCCUAAAAAGAAAAUUUGGAAGACAAAGUGCAGGACUGAGAAUUAAUUAAUUUGUUCACAGCUAAAUCCUUGGAAAGCAAAGAAUCAACAUCUACAUAUUUAAAAUGCAAAGUUGACUCACUGACACACAGAUUCACUCACUCAUCAGUAUAAACACUAUUUCCCAUUUAGCUAAAAAAGCAAAAAUUUGGCAGGACGAUCAUCUAGGGCAGUAUGUAUCCACUAAGAAAGGAAAUUUUGAUAUAUGAAUGUUUAGGGGUAAACUUCCCCCACAAUACAAAAAUGAAAAUACCUAUAAAUCUCAAAAAUGUCUUGAUAGAUUUGAUUAAAAUUUGGUGACAUUGUAGAAAAAAGAAAAUUAGCCGACACUUGUCUUUUUAUUUGUUGUCUAAUAAUGCUCUAGAAAGGGAUACCUUCUAAUGCACAGUAUCCCGCAGUUCGUCACAGCUCUGACAACACUCAUAGGAGAAAUGAAAUUUAAUGCAAAGUUUGUUCAAGCUGAAAGAAGACACAUUUAGCAAGUGUUUUCCAUGCACAUAGUCAAUUUCAUGCAACAGAUCCAGUAAGAAAGGUAUUUAAUAUCUGCCAACCUUAAUCUUAUCUGCAACCCUAUGCAAAUACCAAAUAAGCCAUUGGGCUGCUCUGGGUGAUUUCGUUAGUGCUCACAAAGUUUAAACAAGAGCAUCAAUAAAAGUGCCAUCAAAAGUA